GACAGUGGUGAACACAAGUCACAGUCGUGCAGUGGCAGAGCGGAGGAAAACCUGACUGCGAUCGUUGGUGUUGUGCGAGUGCGACGAUUAUUAUUUAUCUAAAGGAGUGUCCGAAGCUGUUGAGAUUUUGUGUGCUCGCUUUGGGUGAUUUGCUCCCCUUCGAUAGAAAGCGGCGGGCGGAUUGUUUUGUUUCUGGAGCAUAAGCGCGACAUCGGUGGUGAUCGAAUCGAUCGAAAUCGGCUCAGAUGGAUGCGGCCUCCAUCGGAUGCUCGACAGAAAUCAUUGCUAACACACACAAGAAUGACCUCAAAAUCGUCGAUGUCGAGCUCAAGCUGGCCAAAGCGGCGGACGAUGGCAGCAUUCCUUCGGCCGCCAUAGUUUCAUCCUCCGUGAACCUCCCACCGGUCGUCGAUCUGCCUAUUACUGCGGCGGGAGUCCAAACAUCCAAACCAGCAACUGCAGCGGGUACAACGCAAGCACAAGGCCAAGUCCAGCCCCAAGCGAAACCAAUCGCGAACAAACUGAACGAUCCGAGCCUGAAGCAAAUACCCACCGAAGAGCUGCUCGGAUCGGUAACCACGUUCUACCCGAGUGGGGACGCGGAAUGUGGCCACGCGUUGCGAACAAGUGCCCGCGUAAUUCACAAAAUGCGAAUGGAUUCAAUUCGUGGCAAUACACCACCGCCCCAGGAUCGCAAGGAGGGUGGCACAGGCGUUGCGGCGGGGAAGGCUGGUUCGAUGGGUUCGGCUGGGAGCCAGGUGAAAACACCGAACCAGCAGAAAGCGGUUCGUGUGGUGUGGAGCAAUCAGGACAAGAACUUGUUCUUCGAGGCGCUCAACGAGUGUGGGAAGGAUUUCGAAGGAAUCGCAAACUACUUGAACACGAAGAAGCGCCGAAAGGAUAGUAACAGCGAGCUGUUCAAGGUGAAGGAUGUUCGCCAUCUGUACUAUCAGUUCAAUCAGAAGGUGUCCAAAUAUUUGCACUUUUCCGAUGAUGUCAAAAAGGAGGCUCAAGAACUGUAUGCUUUGAUCAACUAUGGCGAGAUGCGGAAGAAGGUUCCGUUUCAGAACAAGAAAUACUUUCACAAGCUGAAGGAUUUGGUUUACAGGGGUUCCACAACGAUUCGGGAGAAGGGUAGAAACAUCCGGAUCAAGACCCCAUCGUGUCGAGCUUUGAGGAAACUGAAUCAGUUGGAGGAGUGGCAAGAGGAGAUAAAGCUUCCCCCGAGGGUGGAUGUUAUUCUGAGACCUGCCACGGUCGAAGCCUGGGGUCGGGUUCAGUCGCUGGCCCAAAAUCCUCGCAUCAAAACUACGGUAACGCUGCAGAAGCGGCUUUCGACGCUGCUGCAAAUGUUACAACAGAAAUGGCGCCACCAGGAUGUGCGGCUGGUGGAACGAAUCUCAAAUCUUAAAAACUUAAGCGUAAACGUCACAUCGAAAGCAUCCCGCCAGAAGAUGCAGCACGAGUUGGAGCUGUGUUCGCGCUUUACCACCAGCGACGACGACGACGAUCAGAAAAUUCUUCGCUUCACUCCACCGAAGACUGCGGUCAUUCAUAGGCCGAUGAUAAAUUUGACGGAAUUCCUGAGCAGCUACAGCAUCUGCCUGAACUCGUACGAGCAGCGGAUAGGGGCGAAAGUACGCGGCGAAGCGCUUUGUGUGGAGAAGUUAAACAGUUUCAAGGAUCGAUUGGGGGCGAAUUCGAAGCGUCAGCGGCACGACAGUGGUUCGGAGAAGCACAGUCCCGACGGUAAGAAGGUCAAGCCCGAGCUGAAGGAUGGCAAAGAGGAAAAAAUUUUCGAUGGAAACGCUGUUUCGAAUCUGGCGGAGGUAUUCAAAUCUCCCAAUGCUUCGAACGAAUCGAUUGACAUUCUGAAGGACAUUGAAAACAGUGAUAACGAAUGUCACCUUCCAGCCAAGUCAUUUACGGUUUCGGGAUGUGACGAUCCGGAGGUGAAGGGGGGCUCCGAAUCGAAUGAUUCCCUCAAGCUAUCUGGUCUGAGCAAGCUGAAGUUCGAGUUGGAAGCUGGUGGUAUCGGGGGCGAUAACUCCAACGAUGGGGCCACAUCCGAAAACGAGCAGCAACAGGCGAAAACCCAAAAAGUGGACGAGGGUGGCGAUGUGUCCGCAAGCGAUGAUCUUAUCAAGACGACCGUUAAGCGGAAAGAAUCUAGAGAGAAAUGCGGCAAACGCAAGGAUUCGAAAUCGGCCCUGUCGGGGCUAAGUAGUUUGCAUUUUCGGCCAUUGAUCUCGGAGGAGGCGAUCCAAAAGAUAAGGGAAGGCUGGACGGUGCAAAGCGUUGGCGAUUUGACGGUGGGUGAUUUGUACAUCAUGUUCGGGGAGGAGAACAGACUUCAUUUGGAGUAUGCUUGGGUUGCGUCGAAGGACGAAAAGUCGGACAGCGUCGUCCAUGGGGAGGAAGUCUGCACGGUUGAGUGUUCCGACGUUGAGGGAAAUGAGAGGGUUACAUCGUCGUCCACCAAUGGAAGUCUGCAGAUGGUUGGGCUGAAUGGUGGCGGUGAAACUAUUGAUGAGAUUUGUAACGAGAUUAAUCUCAGCGGGCGUCUUAGGCAAUUGCUUCAGAUUGCAAGCUUGAACGAAAAGACUGGAAAAAGAAGAUGCCCUUGUGGGCACGUUUGCGAUAGGAGAAAUAAGAAUACCGAACCAAGUGCUUCCGCGAUGAGCGAUAGUCUCAUUUUCAAACAACCUAUGGCACCUCUCCGCAACAGUAACGUCGCCUCAUUGGCGGGCGUUCAAAACAAUAUUCUUUCCUCGCCGCAUAUGCGCUACAAAAACUCACGGUGGUGGCGAACGCGUGUCAAUCGCCACCAGCUACCAUCACAGCGGUCGUCGUUGCUUCCUAAUGGGUCUGCCGGGUAUGCCCCUGGAAGGAACAAUAACAACAAUUACACGAGUUCUGCCAAAGUAACAACAGCUGGCAUCGGCCAACAAGUUCUCUCGUCGCAAGGUGUCGGAGCGGCCCGCAACGGUACCACCAUUCGUAGCGCCGAAACCGAGGACAGUCUGACGAAGUUGCUUGAGGACAAAAUAAGCAGCAUCAGCAGCACUGGGAAAGCUAGCAGCAGCGCUUCGAAGUCUGUUGGUGCGGUUGCGGCGGAUACCAAUGACGAUGGCAGUUGCAUCAGUUUGUUCGAUAUCUCCCUGCCUUCAACUUCGUCGACACUGAUAGCAGAUUUGAUGGGUACGGAGGCGGCCAGUGAAAUUAGCAACUGUACAACUAUUUCCGCCACUAAAAUUCUGCAAGAGUUACCCGCCGACGGUAAGCUACCCCAGACAGACAUCAACGAUAUAUCGUUGAGUAGUUUCCUGGGACAUUUGGACGCGGUAUACGAUAAUGAGCCGACACAUCGUAAAAAGGACACUGAUCAACAGAUGAACAUCAGCAUUAUCAGCGAAUCAAGCGUGGAUUACAUCGCUCGCUUCGAGGACAUUGCUGCCGAGCUGCGGGCUCAAAACGGGCAACCGGAUUCGGCUUAAAAAGCGCGAACAAACUUAUCCGGACUAUAAACACAUACACUAAGCUUUAUGGGGAGGAGAGCUGUCGAAUAUGAUUUUAUACAUUUCACCGAAAAAGUUUGGAGUGGACUAAACAAUUGAUUUAUUUUUUUGCUCGUUUUCAAUCUGCAAAUUUAAUUACAAAACCGUUGCAAAACCUGUUAUACUAUCAAAGUUUUGAAAAGUUGUGUUUGUGUAUCGCAUUAAAAACAGAAAAAAAAACAAUAUCAGUUGAGGAAGUAUAUACACGAAACUUUCUCGUACACAUAUAGCUUAAAAGCGUUCAUAUUAACCGACAAUGUGUUGACUCAAUUUGACAAAUGGAUGGAAGAUGCUUUAAAGACGUUGAAUUUUGAUUGAAAUUUGAGUUUCCUCUACUGCAAACAAGCACAAACUACCUGUAUCAUUGAAACCACGAAUACAUCUGUUUGUCAUUUUUUAAAAA